AUGAGCGCGAGGCGCAGAAGCAGAGGCCAAUCUCAAUCUAUAGAUGCAGCGCCAAACAAAUAUACUCUGAAUGCUGCUUUGAAGGAAUGCACUGGGGUGAUCCUUUGGACUCAGUCUAUGGCAACACUUCGUCGCAUGUACGAUGAAGGGGUGGAAGUUGAUUUGAUAGCACUCAGCACCGGGACAGCAGCUUGUGCCAGGAGCACCUGUUGGAGGCACGCAGCGCUGAUUUUGGGGCGGAUCGUUGAUGACAUGAAACCAGAUUUGACGGCCUUCAACAUUGACAUCAGCGGCUGCCAAGGUCUUCAGUGGUUGCAGGGAUUCUCUCGGCUUUCUCGGCUCAAACAGAUUGGACUUGGCCCCACUGCGGUGACAUAUGGCGAGAUCCUGAAAGCAUGCUUGAAAUCUGAGGACGACAGGUCCAGCUGGCAACGCGCCUGGCGCCUCUUCGACGGCGCCUCCCUGGACCUCGUGGCGCGGAGCAUCGCUGCGGGCGGAGCAUCGUGGCACGACGCGCUGGCGCUGCUGGGCGACACGGCGACCAGGGCGCUGCGGGGGGACACGGUGCUGCUGAACGGCACCUUGGGGAGCUGCGCUGCGGCGAAAAGGUGGUGCAGCGCCAUAGCGGUUCUGAGAAGUGUUGCCAUGCUCAGCCUGCGCGCCAGUGCGGUGACUUACUCCACUGCCACUGCGGCAGCUGGGCGGUGCCACUUGUGGGAGAUGGCGUUCCAAGCGACACAGGAGUUGAGGAGCAAUGCUCUGGAAGCGAGUCUUGUGGCUCAAAGUGCCGCCACUGGCGCCUGCAUUGGCCGCUGGCGCAGGGCCAUCCACCUGGCCCUGGAGCUGCAAAGCCAGGGGAUCCGAGGCAACACGGUGAUGUUUGGAGCGGUGCUGGCGGCCUGUGAUGAAGGAGAGAAAUGGUCAAGAGGUCUAAGCUUUUUGAUUGAGCUGGACAGCAGGGCUCUUUUGCUCAACACCGUGGCCAUGAAUUCGUUGAUCAGCGCAGUGGCUGUAGGAGCUUGGUCCAGGGCUUUCAGGUUCUUUGAGGUCGCACAUGGCCAGCUCCAGCUGGACAUCAUCAGCUGGGGAUCUCUGAUCGGUUCCCAGAGCUGGCAGAGGGCAAUGCAGUUAGUGGAGGGGGCCAAGGAGGCGUCAGUGAGGCUGUCGUUGGAAGCCAUCAACGCAGCUCUAAGCGCAUUCCAAGCGGCCAGUUCCUGGAGAGGAGCCAGCGCCUUCUUCUGGCACUUCAACGGGCUGCUGUUGGAGCCGGAUUCCGUGUCGGAGCUUUCAGCCAUCAGCUCCAUGGGGAACGCAGGCCGCUGGCAAGGUGCUGCCGAGAAUCUUCAGCGCAUGCGCCGGCGCUUCACGCAGCUCGACGUGAUCACCUUCAGCGCCUGCAUCAGCAGUUGCGCGCGCGCACGGACCUGGCGUGCCGCUCUGCAGCUGCUGCGGACGGUGGAGCUCCAUGGCGUCCGGCCCAACGAAGCCACGCUGGGCGCCGUGAUCAGCGCCUGUGAAGGGCGAAAAAGGAGGAGCUGA